UGAGGCGAGAAUAACCUAGCUUUAAGCUUAGCUAUCUUGAACUGUCGUGUUGUCGUCACACCGGAACAAAGUCACAUGACAUACGCACUCGCCAUCAUGAUGAUGAUUAUGCCGUGAUGUCAUUCUAUAAAACACUGAUAUUAGCACUGAAUACUGUGAAUGUGGUGUCAGACUUGUAACACAGUCAUUCGUAAGCUACACUAAGUAACGGAGAGGCUGGAUUGUCGGUGUGUCGGAGCACAGGCUGUGAUGGUGUUAGAAAGUAGCCAGCUGUACCCGGGCGGGAAGUCGACCAGCUCGGGGUCCGGGCAGGGUCGAGACAGUGAAGCUGGACAUUUAACUUUGUCUUCCUCGCGGGGAGCUGCGCUACGUCAUCAAGAAAAACGCAAACGUGACUCGGUAGGGAGUAGUGAGAAAUCCACGCCAAAGGACUCCGCUACUACUCGUAAGCUACGGGAGGCAAGUAGUAGACAGGAGGUAAAAAUAGCACCCAACCCUGUUACUACAGCCGCUGCACCUCCAGUAUAUCCGCUAGGCGUUUCAAACACGACCUUUGAGAAUGUAUCCUCUAUAGCUCAUCCCGCAGUGACUAUGGGUGUAACGGGGGAAGCAGAACUACAGAAUACACAGCAACAGUUCAAUUCACGUUAUUAUUCCACGGAGUUGAAUGGAUCUACACCGGAUUUUAAUGGAGUUAUUCGAAGCAAACCAAUUAUGAAACGGGUAAUAUUAAACGUAGGAGGGGUGAAACAUGAGGUUAUGUGGCGUACUCUGGACCGUAUGCCCCAUACCCGGCUUGGCAAGUUACGAUCCUGUAACACCCCAGAGAGUCUCAUGGAAAUAUGCGACGACUACUCAUUAACGGAAAACGAAUACUUCUUUGAUCGGCACCCAAGGUCGUUUGCCUCCAUUUUAAACUUCUAUCGCACGGGUAAACUUCAUUUAGUAGAGGAAAUGUGUGUGCUAUCGUUCAGUGAAGAUCUCGAGUAUUGGGGAGUUGACGAGUUAUAUCUCGAGUCGUGUUGUCAACAUAAAUAUCACCAGAAAAAGGAGCAUGUUUAUGAGGAAAUUCGUAAGGAGGCCGAAAGUCUUCGCCAAAGAGACGAGGAGGAUUUUGGUACUGGGUCUAUGGCCAAGUGGCGCCAGAAAAUAUGGGAUUUAUUAGAAAAACCAACCACGUCUAUGGCUGCGAGGGUCGUUGCCAUAGUGUCAAUCCUGUUCAUCGUCCUCUCCACGAUCGCCCUCACAUUAAACACUAUACCCAGUUUCCAGGAGGCCAACGGCGACAACGAAAAGUUAGCUUUGAUUGAAGCUGUCUGUAUAGGAUGGUUUUCACUUGAGUACCUGGCAAGAUUUUGGGCUUCACCAAACAAAUGGAAGUUUUUCAAAGGACCUUUAAAUAUUAUUGACUUGCUAGCAAUUAUGCCGUAUUUUAUAAGUUUGGGUUUGACUGAAACGAAUAGGCAUACGACAGAGCAGUUUCAAAAUGUUCGCAGAGUGGUGCAAAUCUUCAGGAUAAUGAGAAUCCUAAGAAUUUUGAAGUUAGCCAGACAUUCCACUGGAUUGCAGUCUUUAGGCUACACUCUACAGAGAAGCUACAAAGAGUUGGGGCUUUUACUUAUGUUUUUAGCAAUUUCUAUAUUAUUGUUUUCAAGUUUGGCCUAUUUUGCGGAAAAAGAUGUAGAAAAAACGAAAUUCAUUAGUAUACCUGAGACGUUUUGGUGGGCCGCUAUUACGAUGACGACUGUUGGGUACGGUGACAUAUUCCCCACGACCGUGCCAGGGAAGAUCGUUGGCAGCGUGUGUUGUAUAUGUGGUGUUCUAGUUAUUGCGCUUCCAAUCCCCAUUAUAGUUAACAAUUUUGCUGAGUUUUAUAAAGACCAGAUGCGUCGCGAAAAGGCGUUGAAGCGACGAGACGCCCUUGAAAGGGCCAAGCGAACUGGAAGUAUUGUGUCUUUCCACUCGAUAAACCUCCGUGAUGCAUUCGCCCGGAGUGUUGACAUGUUGGAGGUCAAUGUGACAAACAACACUCGCACGGGAGACAACUGUGAUGCGAACAGCGAGGACAGUAAAGGCACCAGUCCCCCUCCCUGCGUGGUAAAGACUUUGGAGGAGUGCAAAUCCGCGAACGAGGCGGAACAGAGUGAUACUACCAGUCUUCCAGGUUUAUCAAAUCCAAGCAAUGCUAAGCUCCUCAACGACGAUGACUCGAUCGAGAGAAUGACGUCAUCACAACCAGCCCUUAAUUCGAAUCAGCAG